AUGAAGGCGAUCCGUUUGGUGGUGCGAUCCUCCAAGGCAACAAGGCUCAAUCGUUUCACGCGAAUGGUCCGUGUCUCCGCCAUGCUGCCGAAGAUGUGCGCAGGUUGGCACCGGAAGCCUGAAGAGAACAGCAAAGACGUGGAUAAUCUGGUGGAGAGAAAACUGCAUCGGAUCUAUGUCUACUUAGAAAGAGAAAACGAUGGCUUAGUUACUGGAGAUAUGGCUGAUGCCAUCAUCCGACGCAUCACCAAAAGAAGAAAACAUAGGCGGAGCAUCACUCGGCUCCUGACCAAGAAGUUCGGUGCCGGCCCUUCGAUGACGCGACAGAACUCCGACGUCUCGGAGGCGGAUAUUUCCCCGCAGACGACGGCGAAAACCUUCGGGUCGCGACCACGCAGCAGAAGUGUUGUGGUGAGGAGCACCUACAGUGACGGUGCCGACGGCGAGGGCACUGCCAGUAUGGCCAUGGGCAGACGCUUGAGGAGGAUGCAGACCAACUACACCACGCACACGACGCACACGGAUCAAAGCAACGUGAGUCAGACAGAGAGCUGUAUGCGUGGCACAAGGAGUCCAAGUCGAAGUAAAGGUGGAGGGGUCACCAUCAGGAUCGAGGACGGGGAAGGCACCGAGAGCAUGGCCAUGGGCGAAACUGCCAGUGUCCCUGUUGGCCGGGUGGGCCCCAAAGUGGACGACACGGAGACCAUCAGCAGCAGCGAAACGGUUGCGCGACGUGUGGAGAAGAUCCAGACGUAUCGAUCGCUCCACAGCAACCACAGCACGCCACUUCCGGUCUCCCGGCUGCGCCACGAUGGGUCCAGUUCUGGAGAUGAGUUGAACCAGGAACUUCCGUGGAAACGUGGGAUCAGCGAUCCGGUGAGUGCUGAGAACUUCUCCCACCAGCAACGGAGACGUGGACCCGGACGCAGCUUCUCCAGAAAAAGCUCACAGAGUUCGAACAUGUCCAUCAAUCGUCGCCUGGCGUUCAAAAGCGCGGCCGUGCUUGCGCAGCCGAGAAAUGCCUCGAGUGCUUCCAUGGAGUCGGAUGAUGAUGAAGAACCCUUGAAUUUCAUGGACUUCAAGGAACGUGUGCUCGCAGACGUCAUGGUGAAAACAAAGCUUUUCGAUGCAUGUACGUCUCAGCUUGGCAAAGGAACGACGAUGAAAAACAUCGGCAGGCGCCAUGUCGAGGACGUGGGUGUGAAGGUGGCUCUAAUGGUCAUCAUCUUGCUCUUCAUCCUGAGCUUCGUGGUAGAUCAAAGAACAGAUACCUCUGUGCCAUUGGUGUUAGAGCAGCUAGAUAAGGAGGCGACGCUACGCUUCGAAGGUUGGAUCUUCGACGAUGCUCCAGAGGAUUUGGUGGGGAGUUACCUCAUUUGGAAGGAGGGUCUGUUGACAUCGCCUCAGAAACCGACGCUGCUCUACCUGGAUCUCAACAAGCGGGUGCUCUGCAAUGAGAUGCUCCACGGUGGGGAUCCCAUGAAAUGCUCCGAGAUCCGGUUGGGCACCACGGUGCCAUGGCCCAACCGGACGAGUUUGCAGAGCAUCGAUGAGGCGAUCCAGACCGAAGGCUUGCCCUACAGGGCGGAUGAUUUGGAGUUCUUCCGUCAUCCGGUGGUGGAUGAGACCAACACGUCCACGGAUCUAGACGAAGAGGUCACUUCUGUGGCUCUCCUGGACACUCGCCACCUCAAUGAACAGGCUGCAGUGAAUUCGCUGGUCAUCAGUUGGACAGUGAUCUUGAUCAUCUUGGUAGGCAUGGCCUGUUCACCAUCACCAGAGAUCUGGGCCAUUUGUCGCGGAAACUCUUGGAGUCUCUCGGCGGAUGCGCUUACGGUAGACCCCGCUGUGGUCGACCCCUCUGUGGAUCUACUUCGUCUUCUGGACGAAGACGACGGAUUCGAUGGUCUCCCCUCCGUCGCUGCGGGCGCGGGCGUAGACCCCGGGGUCGCUGUGGCGCUGGAUGCAGCGCGUUGCGAGCUGGCGGUGGUGGCAUUGGUGGGGCACCGUCCACGAAACGUGUUGGAGGAGAUCUAUCUGUGCAGCGCGGGCGACUUCGAUGUGGAGCUGGGCAUGUUGCAAUGCUUCUAUCAGCCGCAGGAUCAGAUCCUCUUUCUGUGUCUCGACACGUCAUCACGCGAUGACGCUGGAGCUGCUGGAGCGGAGGAGAGUUGCCGAUGGGCCGAUGGGCCGAUGGACUGGGAGCAUUUGUUGAAGAGUGGGCAGUUGGAAGUCCGAAAGUUGGAGGCCUUGUUGUUGCUCUUCAGCUUGUGCCAUGUGGUGACCUGGUUCUGUCCCGGCUCAUCGCCGCGCUUGGACACUGCGGCCUUGAAACUGUUGGUGAAGGUCCAGGAAUUCCAGGGUCACUGCGACCUGACCUCGACCGCACCGCUGGUGAUUUUUGUGCAUCGCCAGUUGAAACUCCCCGCAGCAGCGAAGCAACGAGCUGCCCUCGAAGCCUUGGAAAAAGUCUUGGACAACAGGUGGCGGAAUUCUUUGAAGCGCUUGAAGCUGCUACAGGAUGCGAAGAGGAGCAUGAGCGUCAAGGGUCUCUUCCGCGUGAAUCGCCCUUGCUCUGUGGCUAUGGAACGGGAGGUGCAGCGGGAUCCCCAGGAUCUGGCGAAUGCUGUGGAGGACCCAUCCACGGCGGUGGAUCGUUUACGCUCCAGGCUGGUGGAGGCCGUGAAGGACGCGAAACGCGAGAGGCUGAGCUUUCAGGACUGGCUGCGGACGGCUUCGGCCUUGCAUCUCCGAUUGCACACCAUGCUGUCGGCCGCAGCACGGCUACCAGAAGAGUUGGCGCUGGCGCUCAACCAGGAUCCAAAUCCAACAUCCGCGCGCGGGCCGGGGCCCGGGCCGGGGCCCUUGGGACCUUCGGGGCCUUCGGGCUCUCCGGAGAUGUGUUGGUCCCUGGGCAGCUGGGCCUUUCCGGAACUGUUCUUCGCCUUCAACAGCGCGCAGGAAGCCGUUGAUGAAGGCUGUCGCAUCUUCAGUUCCAGCCUGUCCACUUCACCAACGGAUCCCCAAGACUUGUUGCGUGGCGCGCUGCAGCUGGUGCGGCAGAAGACCUAUGCGCCGCUGGUGGACUACGCGGUCCGUCUCUGCCAGCGGCACUGCGAGCGCAUGGCUCAGCGAGCGCAGCCGCAUGGCAGGCCCUGCAAGUUUCGUGGCUCCUCCGGGCGACCCUGUGCAUUGCAGGAAGGGCACAAGGAGCCGCACCGCAACAACUUCCGGCCCUGUAAAGUCUGCCUCUGCGGCAAGAGCCAGGUGCAAGUGACAGAGACGUUUGACCCACCCAAGCGAUUGCUUCGAGCGGCAGUCGCGGGCGCUUCUCCCUGUGCGGCUGUAAGCAAGCGCCUUGGCCAAUUGCGCUCUGCGGUCACAGUGCAGGACCGCAUCGCCUUUGCUUCUGCUCUACCUGUACUUCGAGAAGCAAUGGAGACCAAGGUCAACCCAUGGAGAUGCCGCUAUUGCAUGAAGAAGCAUCAAGGAGAUCAAGACCAUGUCGACUACCACAAGGGCAAGGGCAAAGGAGGAGGGGCGGAACAAUUUGCUCCAUCCACGCAAUGGCUUUUGCCGCCAUCUUUGCCAGCCAGUAUGGAGUCACAGGCGCUUCCCUCCACUGCGACACCUCCUACGGCAAUGGGUAUGACUUCAACUCCAUCCAUGCAGCCCUUUGCCAAGCCGAACUUUGGCAAGGACGAGGCAGAAUUGCACUCCUUGCGACACAUGUACAAGGAGAUCAAGAACAAGCCCAACCUGCCGGAGGACAUCAAAAAGGUGGUACAAGCCACCGAGAGCACCGUGCGCAAGGUGGAUGCCAAAACCCACAGCCAGUUGGUCUCCCAGCUCAAUACCAUGAGGAAAAAGCUGAACGAGAUCGACGAACAAUGGGAGGCCUAUCGCAAUCAAUGGGCGAACUACUUAGACAAGGCCUCACAAAUGUGGAUGAGCCAUGUCGAGUCAUUCGAGGAUGGCGAGAACAAGUUUGCCACAAGACGCAAAGAGGCCCUUCAGAAGUUGCAGGCCACCAGAAGUGCCUUGCACGAGGCACACCAACGCACGAUGGAGCAAGAUGGUGGCUUGGAAAGACACGACAUCGAAAAUGCCAAAGAGGCUCUGGACGCAUCCAUGUCUGUCGAAGAGCCAGAAGAAGCAGAAUCGCAACUUGUGCAGAUCAAGGAGGACCUCACAGGCAUUGUACGACAGGUACGUUCCACCAUCGAAGAGAGAAUCAGGAAGAGGGACCGCUCGCGACCGCGAGAAGCUUCUGCAGAGAUCGAAGAAGUCGAGGUUGUGGAGCCGGCGGACAAAAAACAACGGGAUUCCGCUUAG